AUGAAAUUGUGGUUGGUUUUUAAUAUAUUGCAUUUACACUUUGUUUUAAUUUUUGGAGAGAAAACAUGUCACAAAAAGAAACCAAAUAUUGUGAUAAUAAUGGCAGAUGACAUGGGUUUCAAUGAUGUCAGUUUUAAUGGUCAAAAUCAAUUUAUAACACCAAAUUUAGAUGCUCUUGCCUAUAACGGUAUUAUAUUAAAUAAACAUUAUACACCUCCAAUGUGUUCACCAUCAAGAACUGCUUUUUUAACUGGCAAAUAUCCAAUAAGAACUGGAAUGCAACAUUUUGUCAUGGCAAAUGAUGAUCCAUGGGGCUUAUGUCCAAAUGAAAUAUUAAUGUCUCAUGUAUUUAAAGCAAAUGGUUAUUCAACAAAUUUAGUUGGUAAAUGGCAUUUAGGAUAUUUUAAAAAAGUAUUUACACCAUUAUACAGAGGAUUUGAUCAUCAUUAUGGUUAUAUGGGAGGAUAUAUAGAUUAUUGGGAUCAUAGUGUUAUUAUGUUGGAUAAAAAUUAUAGUCGAGGUUAUGAUUUUUAUAAUGAUCUAAAAAUAAAUUAUAGAGGACGAGGUCAAUACGCAACCGAUUUAUUUACAAAUGAAGCGAUAAGAAUUAUUGAAAAUCAUGGACCAGGCAAGAAACCUUUAUUUUUAAUGGUAAAUCAUUUGGCACCGCAUACUGGCAAUGAAAAUGAUCCAAUGCAAGCCCCAUUAUCAGAAAUAAAUAAAUUUCAAUAUAUAAAAGAUGAGAAGAGACGAAAAUAUGCUGCUAUGGUUUCCAAACUUGAUAAAAGUGUAGGAUUAAUUGUGAAAGCCUUAAGUAAUAGGAAUAUGUUAUGUAAUACAAUUAUAUUAUUUUAUAGUGAUAAUGGUGCUCCUACCCAAGGAUUACACUCGAAUAGUGGUUCAAAUUUUCCUUUUAGAUCUCAAAAGAAUUCACCAUUUGAAGGUGCUAUUCGUGUACCAGCUAUUUUAUACAGUCCUCUUUUAAAUCAGAGAAGUUAUGUUUCAAAACAAUUAAUUCAUCUAACAGACUGGUUUCCAACUUUAGCUUCUGCUGCUGGUAUAAAAAUUGUGUCUUCUAAAAAACUUGAUGGAAUUGAUCUUUGGGAUAAUCUUUCAAAUGCUAAAAGUCCAAUUAGUCGAAAAAUACUUCAUAAUAUUGAUGAAAUUUUUGGUUAUUCCUCGUAUCUAGAAGGAGACUGGAAAUACGUUAAUUAUACAACUUCGAAUGGAAAAUAUGACAAUUUCCUCGGUAGAAUCGGUAAUGAACUUGAUCCAAGAACAAAAAAUUAUUAUUCUGAAAUCAUGGAAUCGGAUAUUGGUUCAUCAUUAAAUAAAGGCAACCAAAAAUGUUCAACUUCGACAUUAUUAACGAAGAAUAACGUAGAAAGGCUUCGAUAUCAAGCGAAAAUUAAGUGUCCCAUAUAUCCUUUAAUGGAAAUAAAAUCGUUUAAGUGCAAACCCUUGGAAGAACCAUGUCUUUUUAAUUUAAAUUAUGAUCCAUGUGAAAGAUAUAAUUUUGCAAAAUACUUCAGUUUUAGAGUAAAAGCAAUGCAAGAAAAUCUUAAAUCAUUUAGAAAAGAGCUUGUACCAAGUGUUUACAAGAUGGGUGAUAAAAAUGCAAAUCCAGCUCUUCAUAAUGGUACAUGGACUUGGUGGGUCGAUGAUACUUACGAUAUUGGAAUUCCAGGUACUUAUUGUAAAGGAUUAGAAUUAGAUAUACGAUACAAAGGAGAUUUGAAACUUUGA